AUGAAUCUACGCACCAUGUCGGAAGCGCUUCACGUUCCGAAGUCGACGCUGCACGAUGCAUUUGUUGCUGGUGUACUCAUUCGCAAGCACGCGUCGUUAAAACCCAUGCUGACCGACUCCAACAAGGAAGCACGCAAACGUUACGCGCUCUCGUUCACCCACGUAGUCGACGGCACGAUCACGUUUGAUUCGAUGAUGGAUCGCGUCUUCUUGGACGAGAAGUGGUUCAAUCUUCGACAGGUAAAGAACAAGUACUUUUUGGCGCCAUGGGAAGACGCACCGCACCAAUCGACGAAGAACAAACGCUACAUCCCCAGCGUGAUGUUUCUGACGGCCAUUGCGAGGCCGCGGAUGGUUGACGGCGUGUACUUCGACGGCAAGUUGGGCAUCUGGCCGUUCGUUGAGGUCGUCGUAGCCCAACGUCGCAGCCACCGACGAGAAGCGGGCACGUUGGAGACGAAGUCGGUCACCGUCACGAAGCCUACGUACAAGAAGAUGCUUGUUGAUCAAACGUUUCCUGCCAUUGUUGACAAGUUUCCUCACAACGUACAAAAGAUCGUGGUCCAGCACGACAACACAACACCCCACGCUGUAACCAUUGACCCCGGUGUCGUUGCCGCGACCGUGUCGAACGGUCGCCGCUUCGCCUUUGGCGAGCAGGCAGCAAACAUCCCGGACUUGAGCAUCCUUGACCUCGGCUUCUUCAACUCGAUCCAAGCGCUACAACAGAAGAUGCCUGCUUACACAGUGGACGAUUUGAUCAGAAACGUGGAGAAUGCGUUUACGAAAGUACCCGCGGUGUCGUUGGACGUCGUGUUUUACGCGUUGCAGUCUGUCAUGGAGUGCAUCUUGGAGACUGGUGGAAGCAAAAAGUACAAGAUGCAGCACAUUGGCAAAGAAGCCAAGCGUCGACGCGGUGAGCUGGAAGAGUCGUUGACAAGUUCUGCUGACACGUACCUUGCUGCUCGGCCUGCCGACCUUUGA